AUGAUUUCCAGCAUCCCAGCCCCUCUUGCUGGCCGUGUGGCUAUCAUCACUGAAGCAUCUCGGGGAAUAGGAGCAGCAGUGGCGAUCGACUUUGCACGAAGGGGUUGUUCACAUAUUGCCAUCACGUAUUUGGGUAAUAUUGACGCCGCGAAGAAAGUGCUCUCAUCCAUUAACGAAAUAUCCUCCGAUAUCAAAACAGCGCUUAUCAGAGCAGACGUCACCUCGGAAAUGUUUGGACAGGACGUCGUCAAAGCAGCUCUCAGCUCUCUUGCCGUGAACCACAUUGACAUAGUGGUGUCCAAUGCAGCUUUGUCGGACACGAAGACACUGCAGAGCAUGGAGACGCAUACCAAGGAGGCGUUCGACCAGUUCAUGACUGCGAACGUCUGGAGUCCGUUUCAAUUGUCGCUCGCUGCCAUUCCACACAUGGGGAGAGGAGGAAGGAUCAUCACAAUCUCCAGCGUGGCCAGCAGGCGUCCAAAUGUCAACCCCAUGGUGAUCUUGGGCGCAACAAAGGCAGCAUCGGACUCCAUCACACGAGCCCUUGCGGCAGCCUAUCCACGUCGAACAGGGAUUACGAUCAACAGCGUCGCCGUCGGUCCAACAAACGCUGACGCCUUGCGUAUGGGCAUGGCAAAACUACCUAAGGAAUGGACAGAAGCGUUGUAUGUAAGAGUAACGGCCGAAAGACGCAUUGCUGAGGUGGAUGAUGUUACCGGUGUUGUGAGUUGGUUGGCGGGACCGGAUAGCAAAUGGGUGAAUGGCAACUUCGUUCCUUGUAGUGGAGGCAGUAUGCUGGAGCUACAAGGAUGA